ACGGCGUUUCCUACAGGUUCGCUGUCAGAGCCCGUGGAGCUGAGGCAGGGAGGAUGCUGUUGGGAGAGACAACCAGUUGCUCUUCAGCGGAUGAGCAUCCUCGACCUGUUGCCUCGGUGUGAGGAAAAGUAAAGACGCGUUUUUCUAUCCACCCUGCAAAAGGAAGCCGUUGUUAUCUUUUAAGGAGGCAGCUCGAAGGUAUAGUCAUGAGACGGAUCUAUGUGUUCGUUAUCAAUUUAUGUUUUGAAUAGCAGAAGGACGAGGAACGGAGUUGGUUCUGGGGGGGAUUACCUCGUUGGUGUGGAAGUGCUGUUUGCGGUGGCAUUUUUACCCAUAUCUCUGACUUGAGGAGGGACACCAUGGUGGAACUGGAAAAGGAGGUGCUCCCGCUACCGCCUCGGUACCGGUUCCGAGACCUGUUGCUCGGGGACUGGCAGACCGACGACAGGGUACAAGUAGAGUUCUAUGUGAAUGAAAACACUUUCAAGGAGCGCCUCAAGCUUUUCUUCAUCAAAAACCAAAGAUCCAGUCUGCGAGUACGAAUGUUUAACUUUGCCCUUAAAGUGCUGAGCUGCCUCCUUUAUAUUGUCCGGGUCCUGCUUGACAACCCUCAAGAUGAGAGACAGGACUGCAUCGGCAGUGUUAACUGCAGCAAACAAAAUUCAUCAUCCCGUCCCUGGAGUGAGUUUGACUGGAAACUUAUCAUCUGGGUUGAUAGACCUCUGCCGCUGUGGGCACUGCAGGUGCUUGUGGCUUUCAUCAGCUUUUCAGAAACUAUGUUGCUCGUGUAUCUCAGCUACAAGGGCAACGUUUGGGAACAAGUAUUGCGUGUUCCGUUCAUUUUAGAGAUGAUCAGCGCCAUUCCUUUCAUGAUCACUGUGAUUUUGCCCUCCUUCAGAAAUCUCUUCAUCCCUGUAUUUCUCAAUUGCUGGCUGGCCAAACAUGCUCUGGAGAACAUGAUUAACGAUCUGCACAGAGCAAUCCAGAGGACACAUUCAGCCAUGUUUAACCAGGUGGUGAUACUUAUCAGCACGCUGGUCUGUCUCAUGUUUACAUGCAUCUGUGGCAUCCAGCAUCUCGAGCGUGCGGGCAACAACCUGACUCUUUUCGACUCGCUGUACUUCUGCGUGGUGACUUUCUCCACGGUGGGUUUUGGAGAUGUCACCCCACAGAUCUGGCCGUCGCAGCUCCUGGUAGUCAUCAUGAUCUUUGUAGCACUUAUCGUGCUACCCAUUCAGUUUGAGCAGCUGGCCUUUCUGUGGAUGGAGCGACAGAAAUCGGGGGGCAACUACAGCCGCUACAGGGCACAGACGGAAAAACAUGUGGUGCUCUGCGUCAGCUGCCUCAAGAUUGACCUCCUCAUGGACUUCCUCAAUGAGUUCUUUGCUCAUCCCCGGCUGCAGGACUACUAUGUGGUGAUCCUUUGCCCUGCUGAGAUGGAUGUCCAGGUUAGGAGAGUCCUUCAUGUCCCUCUGUGGGCACAAAGAGUCAUCUAUCUGCAGGGGUCUGCCCUCAAGGACCAAGACUUGAUGAGGGCCAAGAUGGAUGACGCUGAGGCCUGCUUCAUCCUCAGUAAUCGCUUUGAAGUGGACCGCAUUGCUGCUGAUCAUCAGACCAUCCUCCGCGCCUGGGCAGUCAAAGACUUUGCUCCAAACUGCCCUCUUUACGUCCAGAUUCUUAAACCAGAGAACAAGUUCCACGUCAAGUUUGCAGAUCAUGUGGUGUGUGAAGAAGAGUUUAAGUACGCCAUGCUGGCUUUAAACUGUGUGUGCCCUGGUACCUCCACACUAAUCACACUAUUGAUCCACUCCUCUCGAGGACAAACAGCACCUCAAGAGGCCUUCAAACAGCGUUCAGGAGCCUUUCAAGCUCUCAACAGGGAGGGCGGUGCAUGUUCAGCAGACCAGUGGCACCGGACAUACCGACGCUGCUCUGCCAACGAGGUGCAUCACAUCCGCUUGGAAGAGAGUAAAUUCUUCGGAGAGUACCAGGGCAAGAGUUUCACAUUCGCUUCCUUUCAUGCACACAAAAAGUAUGGGGUCUGUUUAAUUGGAGUGCGCAGACUGGACACCAGCAACAUUUUGCUCAACCCUGGGCCAUGUCACAUCAUGGGGGCCUCUGACACAUGCUAUUACAUCAACAUCUCCAAAGAGGAGAAUUCGGCAUUUGUCAGGGGCCAUAGGGAACCAUCAUGGGGGGGCUCCGGAGCAAAUGCCAGAGGGGUGCACCAAAGUAUCUAUCACGGACUUACCCGACUGCCAGUGCACAGUAUCAUCGCCAGCAUGGGAACUGUAGCCAUUGACCUGCAGGACUCCAGCGACAGCAGUCCAGAGGGGCAGGACCCAGGGAGCGCCGGUCUUGGAAGUGGCAGAGGAAGCCGAAGCAGCUCCAGGACAGAGAUGGGGGGGGCCAACACCUUGGCUCUGCCUGUCAUGGGGGACGCGGCUGAGGAACGACGGCACAGCAUUGCGCCGGUCCUGGAGCUGGUGGACGGUGUCAACCCGACCUUUGACCUGCUGGGAGACCAGUCAGAGGACGAAGGGGGAGAGGAGGGAAAGGACGACUGCGACAAAGAUGAGAGUGCCCACUGGUGGGGCCGGCACUGCGAGUGGGUGAAGGGAUACCCGCUAAACUCUCCAUACAUCGGCAGCUCACCUGCACUGUGUCAUCUCCUGCAAGAAAAGAUGCCUUUUUGCUGCCUGCGCAUGGACAAGAUUUGUCAUCACAUCCCCUUUGAGGACGCUCGUUCCUACGGCUUCAAAAACAAACUGAUCAUUGUGUCUGCGGAGAGUGCAGGAAAUGGUCUUUACAACUUCAUCGUGCCUCUUCGUGCUUAUUACCGACCAAGGAAGGAGCUCAACCCCAUCGUACUGCUGCUGGAGAGCAUACCUGAAGCAGAUUUCUUGGAAGCAAUCUGCUGGUUCCCCAUGGUUUUCUACACAGUCGGAUCGAUCGACAAUCUGGACAGUUUGCUUCGAUGUGGCGUGACUUUUGCUGACACGAUGGUGGUGGUUGACAAAGAGAGCUCCAUGAUUGCAGAGGAGGACUACAUGGCUGAUGCCAAAACCAUCGUCAAUGUCCAGACCUUAUUCAGAUUGUUUCCAGCUCUCAGCAUCAUCACAGAGCUCACGCAUCCUGCCAACAUGCGUUUCAUGCAGUUCAAAGUCAAAGACCACUACUCCCUGGCUCUAUCCAAGCUGGAAAAGAAAGAGCGAGAGAAGGGAUCCAACCUGGUCUUUAUGUUCCGCCUGCCCUUUGCUGCUGGGAAAGUGUUCAGUGUUAGCAUGCUGGACACCCUUCUCUACCAGUCAUUUGUGAAGGACUACAUGAUCUCCAUCACCAGGCUGCUGCUCGGUUUAGACUCCAUGCCUGGCUCGGGUUUCCUCUGUGCUAUGAAAAUCACAGAGGAUGACCUGUGGAUCCGAACCUAUGGAAGGCUUUAUCAGAAAUUGUGCUCCUCGAAUGGGGACAUCCCUAUAGGCAUCUACCGUACAGAGGCCCACAAGCUACCAGUGUCAGAGUCCCAGGUGUCCAUCACAGUGGAGGACUAUGAGGACACCAGAGAACCACGGGAGCCCCUCCUGUCCCGCACCGGCGCCCACCGUAACUCCACCUCCUCCGAGCCCAUUUCCACCUCCUCCCACUCCUCAGACCACCCGCUGCUCAGGAGGAAGAGCAUGCAGUGGGCACGCCGGCUGAGCAGGAAAGGGGGUCGGGGAUCCAGUGGGGCCAAAGGUGGUCCGGGCAGUGCGGCGGAGAGAAUCAGCCAGCAGAGACUGACCCUUUUUAGGCGCUCAGAGAGGCAGGAGCUCAACUCGCUGGUGCGAACCAGAAUGAAACACCUGGGCCUUUCUCCAACCGGAUUCAAUGGGAUGACAGACCCGGGGAACAGGCUGUCGUAUAUCCUCAUCAACCCCUCUCCAGACACCAGAUUGGAGCUGCACGACGUUGUGUACCUGAUCAGACCAGACCCCCUCUCCCUGGUGCCCAAUCAGGGGAACAGCAGGAAGUGCAGCAGUGGAUUAUCGGAGAGCCACAGGUUUGACACUCAGGACAGCACCCAUCUGUGAAAAACAAACAAACCAACCAAAACGACUCAAGUGCUCAGACAAAACUGCCAGAGCCACAGAAAACAUCACAAAGAAGAAGCUGAAUUCACAACGAGUGGCACUGAAAAGGAGACAGAUGUCACACAGCUGUGUACUCAAUCUUAUCGAACUCGUGUAGCAAGAGACACACAUAGACCUUUUCUAUUAAAAUGGGAAUGUUUUAUUUAUGCACCUUCCUAUUUUCAAAGCAGAGAGCUGCAGACACAGAAGUGCAUUUAAUGAAAAACUGUGUGUAUUUAUAUCUGUGUAUGUGCAUGUUGUGCACUGUAUCUGUAUUGCGUAUUUAUGUACAGUCGCAUGCAAAAUGUUUCUGUUGUUGUCAAACUUUCUGUGACUUUUCGGUGAAGAUUCAUUGAAGAUUAGUUGAUCUCCUAGAACUAAAGAUGAAACUUUUUUUUUCAACAUUUUAAGCAGGGUUAGUGCAUCAUCUCCCUUAUGCCACUUCAGAGUAAAAGAGAUAAGAAUGCAAGAAGAUAAGUUAUAAUGACUUUAACAAGCUAACUUGCAGCCUGUGUGCAAUCAUUUUAGCAAAGGGAGGGUUAUGGAGAAGACAACUUUCAUACUCCUGAAUUAUCUGCCUCACUAUAUGCAGCCACGGAGUUCUCUCAGUUUAACUCUAAAAAUCUAAAUAAAUUAUUCCCGCAAAGCUGUAAAAAAAGAGAGCAAAGAAUUUUCAGGCAGUUGCUUCAUUGGUUCAAGUUAACAUGAAAAAGAGAGCAGAUAGUCAAUGUCUGGAUGACUUUAAUAAAAAAUGUGUACUUUUCUACUGUGCAAGCACAAAUAUCUUCUCCAUGAGGAAUAUUUUGAGGGAAAACUUUUCUGCAUCUCCACAAAAUAGUUAUUUUUCAGAGGCUUGAAAAUCUUAAUAAACUUGGUGUGUUUUUUUUAAAAACACUUUCUUUGGCUUGAAGAAGAGGAAAAAAAAAUGAAAUAUAGUUAAAGGAAAAUCAACCGUGAACUUUACAGCUUUGCAGCUCCCCAAAUGAAGUCAUAAUACCAUUGCUUGCAACUUAAAAUUGGUCAUGUCUAACUUUAUAGUUUAUGUUGGAAAUCCUCCCUUUCCUAACACAACACUUUACAGUUACAACAAUUUAUACCUGAGGUGCCCAAAAUUUUGCAUGCCACUGUAUGUAUUGUGUUUGUGUCAACUGUACGAAUGAAUAUGUAUGAGUGCUUAUGGAUCCAGAGCAAGACACUGCCAAUUUUAUCUUGAAAGCCAAAUUAACCUACUGCCAAAUGAGAGGCAAGGAAUGUUUUGUGUCCUUAUCUGUGUCGUAGAUGGGUUUUGUUCCGUGUUUUUUGCCGUGUUGAAAGUGUCCCUGAAGUCUGCCGACCUGUGAGUAUUUUUGGUCUGCUUAGGCCUUUUUAAGCCUUUUUGUUGCCGUUUGCCACAAUCCCGACACAAGUAUUUUAUGCUCACCAGCAAAAGAAUAAUCCACACAGCACCAGACUCAGUAAUGGACAAAAUCUGGGCAGCAAGCGUAACGUUUUCACUGCAGGGCGCGCAGUCACAUUGCUGUUUGAAGUUUUUGGCAUUUUCUGUGGCUGUGUGGGUCCUCUUUGAACAAACCUGACUUCACUGUUUGCCUGAUUUUCUUCUCCCCGUCUUUCUCUCCCUGCUUCUCUCUGUCAGCGUGAGUCGUCCGACCGCCUAUUUGCUUUUGUUCACAUGCAUGUUGGAGUUGCAGGGAAUGUACAAAAUAAGAUAAAUGUAAUAUAAUACCAUACAAGUACAACAGCUCUGCAGUAUAUACGCUUUGUGUAAAACUUAUAAUGUAACAUUGUUUAGUUUCAUUUGGAUUUAGAUGCUGAAUUAUGAGCUUUGCAGGAAAACAUUUGCUGUUUUUACUGCAUUCAUAACCAUAAUCAUCUUUAACAGGUUACUUUUUCAUCGACCAUUAGCUCACAUAAAUGUACAGUUUAAUCUGCUGACACAAAGUAGGUAUAUAGAUAAAUAUGGACAUUUAGGCUGUCUGAUUUUCAAGGAUUUGCAAGACUCUGCUUAUCUUCAGCGACAAAUUCUGAAUGUGUCGUUUCCAAAAUGGAGCGUCAUGUGGUGGGUAUGCAAAGCAACAUGUUUGCCAACAGCACCAGUGUCAUUUCAACUGCCAUUAUAACUGAAAAAGAAUGUGUACAUAUUAAAGUUA